AUGAAACUCAAGCAAUCAGCUGCUCCAAUUUUUCUCAAAGGUUGUCCUAAGGAACCUUACGAUUCAAAUGAAAUUUACAAAUAUCCAGCCUGCUUGGAAAUCAAUCCACAAAAACGCUGCUAUUUAGCAAAUGAAAACUGUUUAAACGAAACGAGCCAAGGAAUACCAAAUUCAACAAUUUUUACUCUACCUAAUGACUCCCCAUCAUAUAUUACUUCCACAGACAACUUUAAUCUCUCUUCGGUGUUACCAAACAGUACUUCUAAUUUGCAGCCGGGGAUUGAGUCCACACAUUUAAUUGCUGGAGUAGUUUCAUCAUUGUCCGCACUUAGUCUAGUAGUUGUUUUCGUGAUUGUCCUCUCUUUUUACUGGAAAAAAUGUUCUCGGUCUUGGAACACAACAGUGAACUCAACAGAUUUGGAUGUCAUCGGUAUACAAAGGCAAGAGAAGAACAAAGGAAAUGAUUUGGAGCUCCUUUUGGACUUUGUGUCCAGACAACUGUCUUUCGCGGACUUUCCUUUUGUUUCUACAUAUCUUGGUGAGCUUCAAUUUGCAGAGACGACUUACAUCGACGGGAAUCCCUCUGAAACCUACUGCAAGCUUUUCCAUGUGUGGCGAUGUAAAUAUCCGCGCAUAGACCGCAAAGCUAAAUUAAAGGAAGUUUUCUCCUCCAUGGAGAGACAGGAUUUAAUUGAGAAGAUGGAAAUGUUCUCUAAAGACAUUUAUUGUUAUAAAGAAGCUUUAGUCAAUCCAACAGAACAAGCUCAGUCUUCUGACUUUAUCAUAAUGAGUCAAAAUUUAGCCAUGAGAUCUAAUCACGUCUUGCGGUUUCUUGGUUUGAAACAGAGUGAUAUAGAUCAGAUUAAGACGGAUAAUAGAACUACUCGAGAAAAAAUACUGAGAGCUUUAUCAAAAAUCCAAAAAGACAGACCAUCACUCACAAGACAGAGUAUUUGCAAUGCUCUUUAUUAUGCAGAUCAUUCAGACGUGAUAGAUAUGCUUAACUCUGGCUGGAAGAGUGCAGCUAAGAGUAUUGCAAAGAAAGGCGAUAAGAAAAGAUGGAUGCCGUUGGUUUUUGAAGAUGUCACACACAGCGACACAACUCCCAUCGAAGGGAUAGAAGACAUACAAGAAACAGACAUAAGUAGUAUAUCAGAGGAGACGGACUAUAGUGAUCAAGAGUACGAGUCAGAGAAAUUGUCGAUACAAGAUUUUGGUUCUGCUCUCCUGAGCGUAAAAUCAGCAGUUACCCUGUGUUAA